UUUCUAAUUUGUAGAAGAAAUCGUCGAUGGUAAAAUUAAGACCACGAACUGAGUCGACCAUCAUUCACCAAUCAGGAAUCACCAUUACGGUAUCAAGUAAUCAUCAGUAGAUCCUGUUGUUUCAGUCCACCCUUCCCUUUUUCUCUCUCAUUUCAGUCGUGCUGUGGAAGUUCCAGUUUGUAGAAAACUCUAAUUUUCUAAAUCUUUACCAGGAGUUGUAUUCAGUUUGUGGAUAUUGAGAUUAGUUUUGGCAUUUUUGCAUAUGGGUUCAUUUCAAAAUAUUGUUUAUUAUUGCUGUGUAUCGAAGGGUGGUCGAGUUUUGUACGCAUAUAAUGGUGCAGACCAUGAGACUGAGAACUUGGCUGCAUUGUGUUUGGAGAUGACUCCUCCCUAUCACAGAUGGUAUUUUCAGACCAUGGAGAAGAAAACCUUUGGGUUCUUGAUGGAGGAUGGCUAUGUGUAUUUUGCUAUAGUGAAUGAGAGUCUUGGCAACAGGGGAGUUCUUCGGUUUCUAGAAAAUUUGAAGGAUGAAUUUAGGAAGUUGGCAAAAAGAGGUUCAAAUAGGAGUAUGUCUAAUCUGAGUUCUGUGUGUUUACAAGAACAAUUGGUGCCCGCUAUUCAACGAAUGGUUGCCUCAUUGGAGCAACUCUCAGUUACAGGGUCUAAGUGGCCGGAUGAGACUAAGGAGCUCUCUCCUUCGCCAUGUAACAAUGCCAAUGGUCAGAUAGAGACCAGUACUUCUACAAAAGCCCCUUUACUGGGAAAGCCGAGCAAGCAAGAGAGAAAGCAAAUGAAAGAACAUAUAAUUGCUAUGAGACAUAUUGAAUUGGAGGAACAUCGAAGAUCUACAGAUAGAGUCAAGGUUGAUCCAGGAGCUAUGGACUUUAACGACCAAGGUUCAACAGUUGCUCCAGUCUCAUUACAAAAGGAUAUUGGAUCAAUGAGGAGAAGGUCUAGCUCUCAAAACUUGCAAAAGAAGUGGUGUCGCCUAGUGCGGAUUGUUCUUGCCAUUGAUGCUCUAGUGUGUCUUGUGUUACUUGCAAUUUGGUUAGGAAUAUGCGGUGGUGUGAAGUGCAUUCGUUAAGUAGUCUGACUUUGAGCUUUAUAAGAGCAUCUCCAAUUGUGGUGUACAAUUAUGUGUAAAUUGGUAUUUCUAAAAUUACUUUUGCAUCCUCAUUUACAUUCCAAUGAAUUCAUUUUGCUCCAAUGGAAAGAUCUAAAUCUACUUUUGGGCUCUUGUGGAUGUAAAUACAAAUUGCAUUUUUUUUGCAUCUCUACAUUGGAGAGGUUUUUGGCUGCUUUGAAGAUCUAAAUCAUAAUUUAGAUAUAUUUUAUACCACGAUUGGAGAUGCUCUAAUCAUCUUGAAUGGAAGCUAGAGAUUCCAUUUCAAGAUUAUAAAGCUUUGUUUGGCAAAAAAGUCUCCUUUGUAUACAGCUGGCCAUAUCUUGAUGAACAAAGUGCUUUAUGUAUAUCUAAAAGGUAUGAGCUUCAAAUUUCAGGUUAUGGCAUCAUCUUUCCACUA